GUGUUGUAGGUUGUAGGCACUCCGCUUGAUCGAAGAUUUAAAAGGUUCUAUUUUUUCGCUGCGGAGAACAUCCACCAGCGUCGAACUAAAUAAAAAAUCGUUGUGCUGGCAGAGCGGUUUUCACAGAUUGUACUGCAAAAAAUUACAGCUGUGAAAAUGAUGCGCGUGUGCGUGGCAGCGCUGCUGGUGACGUCAGCGGUGGGCUACGGGGGCGGCGGGGGUGGGGGGCAGGCCAGGAAUGUGGGGGGCUGCAGCCCUGGCAGCUGGGGGUGUGCAGGAGGGGUCCCUGCUCCCGGAUUUGGCGGAAAUAAGAAUCCGAUCAUCGGAAAUAAGAAGGUAGUUUCAGCGGGAGGAUCUGGUGGCUAUUGGUGGCAGAGUAACAAUCCAUUCGUUGGGGCCGGCAGCCGAGCCCCGUCAGUUGGAGGCCAAGCCUCUGGUGGCGGUAGUGUUGCAACAGGCAGCUUCGGGAGCCGACCGAUCUCUGGCAGCGUCGGAGGGCGGCCGACCUCAGGCACCAAGUUCCCUGGCUCCUUCCCUGGUGUCAGUCAAGGGCCCGUCAGCAACGACAUCGUCGGGCCGAUGGGCAUCUGUCCUCCAGACUUCGUGUGUGUCCACUGGCAGCUCUGCAGGGGCGGUCAGGUCAUCAUCGACGGCACCGGCAUCAUUGACAAGACCAAGCGAAAACCUUUUGGUCAAAACAACCUGCAGAGCUGUGGGGGUGACAUGGUGUGCUGUGGAGUAACGCCAGGUUACACAGUACCAGGGGUAAUAUCUACCCUGACUUCCCAGCAAUUCGGUUCGUCUGAAUCUAACGUUGAUAUUGACUUGCACUCAAAUCAAGGCUCGCUUGCUGUAAAUACCGCAUCAGCCGUUGCGCCCGACUUCUUACGCAGCGGCGACUCUGGCGUAUCUCAUUUGAAUGCUGAGAAGCCUGCCUCUGGAGUCGUCGCCUCUCCAGCCGAUCAUGGCUCACUGUCUACUCAAGAGUUCUCGUCUCCUAGCAAAUCUUCUAAUGCUCCUUCACCUUCAGCUGUUUCUGCGGCAGAAAACAUUGUUGCACCUCAAGGCUCCUAUUCUCUUAAUUCUGAUGCUCACUCCUCGUUAAGCAAUCAACGUCAAAAUCAUCAAAAUUUCGAAACUUUAAAUAAAGGUGGUGCGUUCGGGAGUGUGGGGUCACAAUCCCGCCCUGUUGAUAGUGUUGGAUCCCACUCAACUUCUUCAAGCGGUCACUUUGCCAAUAAUCUAGGUCUAGGGGUAGGAAAUCAAAAAGUCGACUCUCAAGUUGGUGGAGGAUACUCGCAGACUGGAACAGCAGGGAAGCCAGGAUCUGUGUUUGAUAGUUCCAUCCAAGGAGGCAUUAGCUCUUCAGGAAGUUUCGGUUCUUUGAGUUCUCCAGGAACAAGUUUACUCAGACCUGGUAAGCCUAGUCCAUCAGGAAGCUUCGGAAUUCCAAGUUCUGCAGGUGGUUUCCAAUCGUCGGGAACAACCGGCGGCAGCUACUCGCCGUCGGGAUCUCAUGGAAGUCAAGGCUUUUCAGGUGGGAAAGGAUCAUCAGGAAGCUUCGUAUCACCAAAUAACUUCGGAUCUCCAACUUCAUCUGGAAACAUUGGUCCUUCAGUAACACAAGGAAGCUCAGGAACUCAUCAAAGUAGUUUAGGAUCUUCCGGUUCUUUCGGACCAACUGGGUCAACUGGAGGAGGCUACUCACAGCCAGGUUCCCAAAGCAGCCCAGGUUUGUCUGGCAGCUUCGGUUCUUCGCUUUCAUCUGGAAGCAACAGAUUUUCAGGAGGUAGCCACGCCCAGAAAGGAUCAUCUGUAAGUUCUGGAUCAAGUUUGCCUGGAGGUAGCUACUCACAACCAGGCUCGCUUGGGACCCCAGGGUUUUCCGGAAGCCCCGUAUCGGGAGGAAGUUUUCCAUCAUCACCCGGAAGCUCCGGAUCUAAUGGAAACUAUGGAUAUCCAAGCUCAUCAGGAAGUCCAGGAUCACCUGCUAGCCCAGGAUCAUUUGGAGGCGCUGGAUCAUCGGGUAGCUUUGCACAACAAGGAAGUUCUGGAUUCCCUGGAAGAGUUCCGAGUGGCGGGAGCGGUAGCUACAACCAACCCAGCGGAGGACAGCUAACGGCUGCUGGAAGUGCGCUGAACCCAAGCAUGGCCGGCAUGAUGGCUGGGAUGAUGGGCAUGGGAGGGACUCCUCUCCUCGCCGGAAGCUGCAGUGCUGGAACUUUCUGUGUUCCUCGGUUCCAAUGCAACCCAUUCAACGGCUUCAUCAUCAUGGACCCUGCCCAACUGCAAGCAGUGUGGCCCGACGCGCCUCAAGUUCCAUUACUGGAUUGCAUCAUCCCAGCUGGAGUUUUGGACGGAGGUGUCUGCUGCCAACAGAUGCAUCCAAUUAUCGGCCCCAACGGACAAGUUCUUGACUAAAUGCCUCGUAAUUCAAGAAUUCAACAGCGGUAUAGCUUUAGUUCUUCUGACCACCAUUCGACCAAUCGAUUUCUACUAAAACAUUAUUACAUUUUUAGCUUUAAUUAUUUUUUUAAUGAUAAUAAAAUGAUUAGGUGCAAUUCUGAGCGGUUGUCGUACCUAUUUAUGUUAGCAGGUAAAUAAAUUAAACGGAAUAAGGUAUUUAUUUAUAAUUUACACAAGCUGGUUAUAAGAAUAUAUUAGAUCAUUCAUUCCUUAUCUCUCGUCAAUGUGAAGAUUAAAGUCUGUAAUAUUUCGGUACGUCGAGUUAAUUUGGCAUUAAAUAAAUACUUAAUCUCUUA